UCUUAAACGUAAUCGGUACCAGUCCGUAUUCGGAGUCGAACGUAACCGGAUUGUGGUGUGUGAACGUUUUCUAGAGCAAAGGAGAAGCGAGCGAUAGUGCGUCCGCCAUGUUCCGUGGUACUGUUAUUGGAGAUCGUCUUCGCAACGACAGUUUAAGUAUUACGAUAAUACGCGUAUUGACGAUUCCAUCCUUUGCAUUAUAACCGUCCGCAAAUUAAGGAUAAAAAAGUAUCGUUUAAAACUAAUCGCACGCCGGGGCAACGUCCGCGUCAUAACGCCGCGUGUAUUCCUCCGUCCACAUAAUUAAGAAAAAAAAGAAAAAAAAAAUUGAGUUAGAAAGAGAGAGAAAGAGUGAGAGAGAGAGAGCGUGAGGAAGUGAGAAAGAGAGUGGUGGGGAUACUUUCAAGAAGACAGAAAGAGAAAUCGCAUCGUCCGAGAUUCGCGCGUGUCUGAUCCGUUCAAUGUUUUCCGAGUGAAUCCUUCAUUUUUUCUAUUUUUUAAAUCAAUUUAUUAUUUUUCUUCUUUCUCUCGAGGCUAUAAUAUUUGUUUAAAAUAUCUGACGAUUGUGCAAAGAUAAUAAGAAAGAUAAUAAUCUUUCUCUUGAUAACUAUCACGAUAAAGGAAUAGCAGGGAUGCGUCGAGAUAGAACGAAGGUGUCUCGAUACGAGAGAACUUUUUCUCGUGUUCAACAUUGGAAAAGGCAACGAAUACCGGACUCUUCUAAUCUUCGUCCCAUUGGAGGACGCCAAUGAAAAUUACUGAAAAAAUCGUUCUCAUCCUCCUCGUCAUCGUUGUCUAUGGGAGCAGCCAAGUUGUAGGUGCUUUUCUAUCAACGAGAUUAAUUUGCUCGAGGAGAAGAAGAAGCAAUGGCCGACGAUCGAAAGAACGCACAAAGGCUUAUCGGUCAGGUUCAUGCGGUGCGACAUACAUCACCACCCCCACCAGCACCAACAUCGAUAACUACUCGGAAGGAGAGUUUACCACUUCGUGGUCCAAGAACUCUCCUGCUUAAACGUAGCGAAAAUGGGUUCGGAUUCACCCUUCGACAUUUUAUCGUUUAUCCGCCCGAGUCCUGUUGCAUGUUGCCAGGACACGAGCGGACAAAGAUCGAUGAACCUAUGGACACGAUCUUCGUAAAACAGGUGCGAGUUAAUUCGCCAGCAUCAGAAGCAGGCCUUCGUACGGGUGACCGGGUUGUUUCUGUUGAUGGAAUAGCAACACGAGGUGAACAAUACGCCAGUGUAGUGCAACGUAUUCAACAAGCGGGUCCUUGGUUGCGUUUACUUGUUGUUUCGAAGGAAGACGAUAUUUUGCAACGGUAUUUUGGUGAAACGGCGCAUAAUCCUGAGACGAAUCAACGUCCACGAUUACGUUCUCCAGAAAGGGUUUCUCAAAAGCAACGAAGGUCUAUCAGUAUGAUCCCAGGACCGUCGCCAAGAACAACCAGGCAAUCAUGGAUGUGCUCGCUUCCGGAUUCCGAAAAUUUGAGUACAACUGCUACAACUUGUAGAGAUAGCGAAGAGGUUCUUUACAAGGAAUCCCAAGGCAACAAAAUGUCACCGUCUAUACCAGUUAUCGCAGGACAACAAAGAAGAUUUUUACAGGAAACUAAUAUCCCUUGCGAACCCGUCGAAGAUAGAAUGCAAUCGAGAAAAUUACAGCACCAACAACAAGUUCGCGAAGCCAUGGAAUCGCCUCCCCAAUCGUAUACCCGGCCAUCACCGGAUCAGAGGUUCGAUUUGUACGAUAGAACGCGUCCCGAAUCGAUUUAUUCUAGACCGAGUAGCGAGCAAAUUUACGAUAGAAUCAAAGAUCCUAUUUACGAGAGAGUUAGAUCGGGUGAAUCUGGUGGACAGUAUGAAAAAGAACAACAACAAUUAACGAUGUUGCGUUAUCCAAUAUCCCGUGCGGAACCACAAGUUCCUAUUUACCGUCCUGGCAGACGUGUGAUAGCAAGACGAGCGAGUGAAGGUAGUGGGGCUACUGGUCAAACUAACGAAUCCGAAGUUCCCAGUUAUGGAAGUAUAGACGCACUUAGAUCUAACGAUCCAAGUUCGAGAUUGAGUAUGGAUUCUCGAAGAGACUCAUCCCCAAUAAGUAAGGGUAGUUUAUCCUCGUUCGACUCCAAUUCGACUGUUACUGGAAACGAGUGUUCCGACGACUCUGUCAUCAUGAACAGAUUACGUAAGAGUUUCGAACAAAAGGAAGAAUUUUUACGCAGACCGAGUCAUCCAAUUGGAUGGAGUGUCGCCGAGGAUGCAUCUAGAUUGCAACAGAGUAGUGGUGGUGGUAGUGGCGACGGCGGUGGUGGUGGUGGUGGUGGUGGUGGUACAAACUCGGCUGUUAUUCAAAGAGAAUUUUACGCAAGACCGCAGAAACUUCAAAGGCAAAUUUGGCCACCCAAUGAACAACAACAAAGGCAACAAUCGCCUACGAGAAGAAUGGAUAACAAAAGCAAUGGCAAAUUGUCAUUAACCAAACCGUCUAAUCAAAAUGUUCAAAGGGUGAAAAUUGAUCUUGAUUCGGAAUCGGAUUAUAAUAAUUCGCGAAGUGAACAGAACGAUGAUCGUUCGAAUCUAAUUGACAGUCAGAUUAGCAUCAGAGAUAGAUUUUAUUCGAGUCUUUAUGAGAGUCAAUUGGGAAAAGAAAAUCAUUUUGUUUAUCCGCCGAUUAAAACUAACGAUCAGGAUAGGUAUAAGGCUAACAAUAAAUCUGUGUUUGUCAGUACGUUGUCGAAAAUCCAUGAGAACGCGUCGAAUUCUAUUGCAACAAAUCAACAGCAACAACAUCAACAAUAUCCUCAAGAUUCUAGGAAUGAAUCACUUUCCGUACCAUCUUCUCCAGGUCCGGAUAAAAAAAAUAAUGACAAAUUCGUGGUACCACCUCAAGGAUUACAAAUUGUUUCCAGACGCGCGAAACAAUUUGAAUCCGGUAGACUUCUUAGCGAUGACGAGGAACCAACUAGCGAUCGAACUAAUUUAUACAAAAGCGAACUGUCUAGGUUGUCGAACAAGAGAAGUGUACCAAAUGUUGCCGUCAUGAAGAGAGAAUUCGAAUCCAAAGCAGAAUCGCAAGAACCAAGAAGAAUACCUGCUAACAGGGAAAGCAAAUCGUUAGAUUCCGAAAUACCGACGAUGGAAAUAGAAGCAGUUCAUCUUAGGGCACGCAGUAAUAGUGCGGAAUCUUGGGAAGCUGUAAACGGAUCGCGUGGAAAUACAAGACAUACGUGGCAAACAGAGCAAGAAGAAGAUGAAAAAGACAACCGAAAUGAUAAUAAUAAUGGUGAUAGUAAAAACCAAAGUUAUGGACAGUCUACUAGAAGUCAACUUGCUCCUUGCGAUGAAACAUCAAACAAUGGAGUAAUCCUAAGACGACAGAAAAACGCACAGUUGAGUGACGAAGAGCGCGCUACGAGAAGAGUUUCCUACCUGAAAGCUACGUGGGGUGAACGAAUGCACGUUGAUAGUGAUUUAGAUCUUAGUGACACUGAACCUGUUCACGUUCUUAGAAGUAAUAGUAUUGUAAGUACCACGGAUAGUGGCAAUGAAAUUCCGAAGGAGGUUGAACCAGUUGAACGGGAAGGCACACUUCACAUUAAAUUCACAGUGCUCGAUGGCAAGCGAUCUUCUGAUCGUUCCUGGAAGCAAAUUUGGGGUGUUCUUCGAGGUCCAAUUUUAUUCUUUUACAAGGAUCGUCACAGUCAGAGCCCUUCAUCGGUUAACGAUACUGAAGGUACUGUACAAAAUAUUGAUGUCAGGUGUUCAUUGGUGGAUAUUGCUGAGGAUUACACCAAACGAAAACAUGUUUUACGAGUGGUUAAUCCUACAGCAGAAGUGCUUUUACAAACAGAAGAUGCAGCUUCUAUGGCUCUUUGGUUAAGAGCACUUCAUAAAUACGCUGCUACUGAAAAGCCAUUGGAUGUAACAUCUAGUACUUCAAAACAACAAGCAGUACCACAAACUCCCGGACCAACAACACCCAGUGUUGCCUCUGUUCAAAAUGCUAAUCAAAGACUGAGUCCCUUACCUAGCCACAAAGGUAUUAAGAAGUUAACAUCAUUUAGAAAUAGAUCACCGACUGGACAAUCGCCAGUUAAUAAAACAAGGAAACCAAGUCAAACUAUGGAACCUCUUUCAUCUCCAAAAACUAAAACUUGGAAGGGUAGAGUAGCUAAACAAUUUAGAAAAAUGCACGGUCAACAAGCUGGUUCACCAUCAUCGCCUACUGCACAAUUACCACCGGAAGGUGCCACGUUUAAAGUACCCCUUGAACUUUGUCCAUCGUCUUCCUUUUCGGAAUUUGUACCUCUUAUAGUUGAAAUGUGCACUAGCAUAGUCGAGGCACGUGGCCUUGAGGUUGUUGGAAUCUACAGAGUGCCAGGAAAUACUGCUGCCAUUUCUCAGCUUACUGAGAGUGUAAAUAAAGGAUUUGAGAAUAUUAAUCUACAGGAUCCAAGAUGGAGUGACGUGAAUGUGAUAUCUUCUUUAUUGAAAUCUUUCUUCCGACAAUUACCAGAUUCGUUAUUAACUGCAGAAUUGUAUCCCAUGUUUAUUGACGCUGAUAAAAUUGAAGAUCCACAAAGGAGAAUGGCUACAAUAAGGAAAUUAUUAAGAGAUCUUCCAGAACAUCAUUUUGAAACGCUCAAAUAUUUAAUGUUUCACUUGAAGAGAAUCGUAGAACAUAGUGAAGUCAAUAAAAUGGAAGCUAAAAACAUAGCUAUCGUUUUUGGACCGACAUUAGUACGCGCAAGUGGUUCAAGGGAUAAUAUGGUUACAAUGGUCACUGAUAUGUCUCACCAAUGUAAAAUAGUCGAAAGUUUAUUAAACAAUGUUGAUUGGUUCUUCUCGGAAGAAGAUCUCGAUGAUUUAAGUAGACUUAGUGUUAACAUAAGUCUUCCAGCUGACGGUUGUGAGCUUGAACCAACAUCCCAUACUAAUCAUAAUCUACUACUAAAUAAUAUACAAAAAGUCGAAGGCAUGCGCGAAAUGGUAUCAGCAAAGGACAUUGUAUCUUCAAUCAUAUCUGCAGCUAACAGGAAAAUUCAAAGGAGAAGAAAGGGCCAGGAUGAAGCAGAGAAUGAAGAACAUGAUGAAGAGAAGGUUAAAAUAAAGCAUGAAAGCUCAGAAAGUUCACCGACGAUUCGUCAGAGUAUGGCACUCAACGAACGUCAAUGUUCAGUCAGUGAAAUAGUAUUGAUGCACGAGAACAAAAGUCAACACAAUCAUUCUAAUAAUUCGUCGGAACCGUUAGAACGUUCAUCGUCAACGAAUAACAAUAGCCCAGUAAGUGCUUCAUCCUCUUCUAGUCGAUCAAAAUAUUCGAAUCAACACGUGGGUGGUGUUUCCUCGAGUUCGGAAUCAUCGUCGAGGCCUUUGAGCGAGGCUGGUUUGAGUUGCUUGGAUACAAAUUCGAUGACAUCUAAUGCAUCCAAUGAGAAUAAACAGAGUAACGAUGAGGUAGCUAUAAGAACGUAUGCCGGACUGAGUGCAACGACCCAAGAAAGAAUACGAAGGUUUGAACAGGAGACAAAGGCUAUGUUGCAGAGAGAUCAGCAUCGGCAGAGACGCGAAGCGGAGAAGCGAGAAGAGGAAAGAAGAAGAAUAGAUAAGGAAUGGCAUUUGGCGAAACGUGAAAUGGAAAAUGACGAUCUCUUAGAUAGUAUAGUUGACAGUACGGUGAUACCGAAUUUUCUAUCGGGACGACUAACUAAUGUGAAUCAAAGGUUGGCUGAAAAAUCAUUAGCUGAUUUAUCCGAGAAACAUGCCAGAUCAAGAUCUACAACAAGAAUGGCUCCUACUCCUUUGUCGAUAGCUGUACAACAACAACCUACGACGCGUCAGAAAGCACAAGCUACUAAUCAACUUAGUAAUGUAUUAGGCGAGAAGAUAAAUAAUGGUGUUAUCAAAAAGUUUAAAACAGAUCAAGAGCCGUCUUUAGAAUCUAUUUGCCUACCGCCUAUUCGUUACGGCAGCUUGGAUUCGCUUCACGAAGUACACAACCUUCCACAUUCGUCGCCAUCGCCGUCCCAACAAAGGAGAGGAAUUUCUGGAGAUGUCUCGGACGAUGCCGGAUCAUGUUUUCUACACUGGACUCAGAAGAUUCUCACUAUUAACAAAAAGCUUUCUAGGCAUACAACAAGUCCGGGUUUUUGGUGCUACAUAUCAUCCCACCUACACGGUACCACAGGGUCCAGUGGCACCACCACGAAGACAUCGCUCUCAUCAUCGGCUGAUCCAGCAUCAACCGGUGUUAACAGUACCAGAUCACUCUACAGAUCAUCAAUCUCAACAGCAACAGCAUCAGCAGCAGCCGCAGCAACAACAGUGCCAACAACAAACUCAAGAGCAACGAGCCAAGCAGCAGCAGCAGCAGCGGCAGCAACCCAGUCCUUCAUACCAGGGCACCUUUCAGAGGUGUCAAGAUCAGCAGGGUCAUCAGGGUCAGGGCCCGGUGCGCCCUCCAAGACUUUAAACAGAUUUCUCCGAGGUAGCGACUUAUUGACCAGCCUUACGACAACCUUCGAUCGUAAAUGGAGGUCACUCGUGAAUCCAUCAAGUCAAAUCGUUCAAACAUCCGUAGAAACUGCACCACUCGACAAUGUAGAUAAUUCAGAUGAUCAAAAAAAGAUCAAGAUUGAGGACCAUUCCGAAAAGAAUCAACCAACGGAAAAAGUUUACCGGGAUCCUAGUCUUCAUAAGUCAUCGAUCGAUAAAAAUCAUUUUCUUCGAGCAAAAGACGAGGCAUUAGAAAAAGAUACAGAUUCGACGGUUACCGAAGUACACGAUCCAGAUGCAAUGACUAAACCGGACAACGAUCGAAAUGCAAUCAAAUUAGAAACGAAAAAUGUUCUUAAUCAUGUAAAAGAAACAAACGCUACUAUAACAGAUUCAACUAAAAAAGAUGAAGAUAAGAGGAAAGAAGAAUCGGAUAAUGCAACUACGAAGGAAGGUGGUGGAUGUGGAUCGUCGAAUAUUCGCAAAUCAACCGAAUCGGAAAAUAAAACGGAUGAUAAAAAAGUACACGAACUCGACACGAAUUAUUCGAACAAAUUAGAAAAAUUCGAGAUAUUAACGAACAACGAAGAAAGAUCACGACUAAAAAGAUCCGAAUCGUUGAACAAGAGAUCGGAAAAUACGUUCUCCAAAUUAAAAAGAUCCGAAAGUUUGAACAAACAUUCGGAAAGAUUGGCAUCCCCGACGAAUAGUAAAUUAAAACGUUCGGAAAGUUUGAACAAACAUUCGGACAGAUCGGAAUCACCUAAUAGUAAAUUGAAACGAUCUGAAUCGUUGACUAAGACAGAAAAAACUGAAUGUAAUAUAAGUAAAAGACGACAAUCUGUACGAAAGGACAGUGCUACGAAAUUGAAGAGAAAAAAUGGGAUGCCUGAAAGAUCAUUAAAAAGAAGACACACCGUUGGUGGUACGAAGGAUUUUGACAAAGUUCAUUGGCUUGAUAAUAAAUUACAAUCGGAAGCUGAAAGGGUUAUUAAAAAUGAUUACAAGCCAAAGAAAAGUCAAUUAAGAACUAGCUCACCGGAUUUGAGUACCAAUCGUGUUAACGUACCAGCUGAUACUAGUUUUUUAAUCGAAGUUAGUUUUCGUGGCCCCAGUAACGUUGUUUUCAAUGUUACCAAUGCGAGACCACAAUCCUUGCCAGACGCUAAUUUAGCAUCGAAAGUUUUCAAAGUACCUCUUGAAAGUCACGUUUAGGUACUUUUUCGAAAUCCACAUGAUGUUCCACUAAAAGUCGCUUCAACCGAGAAAACAUAAAACAAAUAUUGUUUUCUUUUAAAUAGUAUUAGGAUAUUUCGUUUAUCAUUGGAAAAUAUGAAUGACCAGUUACGGUGUUGUUUAAUAAAAUAUAUCACUGCU